AUGAACUUCUGGUCCGAGCGGGUGCUGCCUUCCGCCAUGCGGCACACCAACUCCCUCUCCUUCACAAUCGAUCAAUUGAAGUCGAGCCUCAAGUGCGAUGGCUACUUUCCAGCUGGCCUGGACAGCAUCGUGGCAGAGAUGAACCGCAAGGGCAUGGUCGUGGCCGAGGGCCAGGUGGCGGCCCAGACGGCGGGCUGGGGCUCGUGGCUGUGGGGCAACCUUGUGGCGCGGCCCAUCUCGUGGGGCUGGAGUCAGGUGGUCGCGCCUGCCGAGGCCGAGCCGGCCACUGUCGAUCCCAAGGCCCGCCUCGUUCUCCUGCCGCUCCUCAAGGCCAAGGCCGAUGAGGUGCUGUCCAAGCACGCGGACGGUGUGUUUGCUGCCGACCAUCUGGUCACCCAGCGGCAGCUGCUCGACACCACGGGCCUCAACGCGCAGGACCUGCAGAUCCUCCUCACCUACAUGCACGCCAACGGCAAGGCCGCCCUGUUUGAGACCGCCCGAGGAGAGAAGGUAGCGGUCAAGCUGGCGAAGGCCGGAGAGAGCAAGGUGGAGCUCAAUGAGGCGGACAAGGGCAUCCUGCAGCUGAAGGAGACCCUCGGCUCGUUGGAGAAACAAGAGGGCCAACUCAGCAAGGACAUUGAUGGAUGUCGAGUGAAGGCGACGAACUGGCUUAAGAAAAAGAACAAGCCCAAGGCGAUGAUGGAACUCAAGCGCAAGCAGAGGCUGCAGUCCGUCCUCGACAAGCGACUGUCGUUCAUCGAGAACAUUCACCAGAUCCUCCACACCAUCGAACAGACCCAAACUGACAAGGAGAUGAUCGACCAAUUCAAGCUGGGCGUGGAUACGCUCAAGCGAGUCCGCGAGGAGUCCGGGGUGACCGUGGAGGCCGUGGACCAGGUCAUGGACGACCUCCAGGAUGCCCUGCUCGACCAGCGAGAGAUCGACGACGCCAUCUCCUCCGGCCAGGAGCAGCUCAGCUCAGUCGACGAGGCCGAGCUCGAGGAGGAGCUUGCCCAGCUCGUCGCCACAGCGCUUCCUCUCCCCGCCGCUGCCGUCCCUGUCGCCGCUGCGGCCGCCACUCCCGUCCGACAGCAGCAGCCCGAGGCCCAGCAGCAGCCCAGGCAGACGGAGGACGCGGAGGUGGCGUCGCUUGCCGCGCUGCUGGCUGGCAUGCCCUCGGUGCAGCACCUGCCCGACCCGGCCAACGUGAAGGAGGCCAAGGAGCAUGACGAGGACGACUCCCUGCCCGAUCUCGAUUCGCUCCAGUUUGCCGGCUGA